AUAUGUUUACGUGUCCGGUCCAGUCGGAACUCGAAUCAGUAAAGACUCAUUCGAGGUUGUUAUAAAGUUGGGGUUGUUAUCAGUUGGAUUUAUUUUGUACUGUUGAGAUGCUGUGAUUAAAGAAGGAGGAUGCUCAGAUCAGGCAACCGUUACCGAAAUGGAGCACUUGUAACUUCAGAUGAUAUUCUUAAAAGUGAUAUUGAUCCAGCGAACGCCGCCACAGACACAGUCUUAGCAGACGGCACCACCAAUAUUCUUCACGACGAUCGUGCCCGAACUGUCGGGGGAGAGUUACCAGCCAAAGAGAUGGAAGUGGAAAUUCAUCGUGAGAAAACUGAUCUGAGGCAGCAACAUUCGCUGCAUCAAACAAACGUUAAUAUGAAUGUGGUGAAAUCGGUGAUUUUAGUAAAUACAUUUCUGUAUGCUGUCUGUUUUUGGAUUCAAAUGGGAGUUUUACCGUAUCUGACCAAGAAAUUUGACAUGGAUAUGGUGACCUUUGGGUACCUCCAAACGUUCUUCUCGGGCAUCAUGCUUGUUGGAGGUCCAAUCUACGGUAGAUUUGGGGACGUCUACGGAGGACGUGCUGCUCUAGGCCUGGCUUAUUUAUCUGCUGCUGCCAUCUAUGGGAUACUGGGUUUGGCCAAUUCUGCCACGUUGAUCUUCAUCUCGAGAAUUCCUUCCCUGUUUUUGCACGCUUUCCAAGGAACUCAAAUGGUAAUAUCUGAUUUAUCAGAUGAAGCAGGAAGAACAGAGGCACUGGGAAGAGUCAGUAUGUGUUAUUCUAUUGGUAUUGUGGUAGGGCCUUUGAUUGGUGGAUGGAUCAGCGUCAGUAUGAGUGAACAGUCUGCAGCAGCAGUUGCUUGCAUUGGAUCAUGUGUCAGCCUAUCAUUGGUGAUACUUUUUAUUCCAGGCAACACCAAGCCUGUACAAUCUACCUCAGCCAAAGACAAGUCUUCCGAUAGUGUGUUCAGCAUUAAAACCUUCACCCACCUGAUGCGUUCCUCACCCGGUGCGGCAUUCUUCCUCAGCGUGAAUCUUCUUGCAGGUCUGCCGUCGGCCAUCUUCAGUUCUAUGUUUGCCCUCGUUGUCAUUGACAAGUUUGAGCUGACGGCGGAUCAGAACGGUUACUUUCUCUCGUUCCAGGGCCUUGCCAGCAUUGUUAUGCAGGGCGUGGUGAUAGGACGUCUUACAAAGAGAUACAGUGAAAUGAAGUUACUCCGAGCUAGUGCUAUUUUAUUAGCAGCAAGUUACAUGGCCAUGUGUCUCGUUCAAGAUGUAUGGCAGCUCACAGCCGUGCUACUUCCCAUGACCUGUGGAAACUGUAUUACAACCACUGUGAUUACCAGUGUUCUAACCAAGGCCGUCCCAGCAUCAGAAUCAGGAACUAUCCUUGGCCUUACUCAUGCUGGCACAUCUUUGCUUGGUACCUUGGCGCCGAUCAUUGGUGCUGUGCUCCUGACUAACCUGGGCUUCCCAUCACUUGGUAUUACAGGAGCAGUCAUCAAUAUAGUACUGCUCUUGGUUCUCACCAAGUAUUAAAGACCAAAAUGGUCCGGUGACUCCGGUCUGACCUUGAUAACUUAGCCACUUGUUACGGGCAAGUCUGAGAUGUUACGUUCCAAACGUUACCAACCACAUCCAAUAUUUGAGUCUACCUAAUGUUUGUAGUAAUUCAAUACCAUUCUUCUUUUAGGGGAGUCUUAAUCAAACUUAUGGCCUAUCCAAGAUCUUCCCAUUGUGGCUGCAGAUUGUGUCAUAUGAGAGAUUAUAUUUACAUUCUUUAUUUAAGGAGUGUUCAAAUAAUAUGAAACAGUAUUGAUGUUUUAGGCACACUGACAGCACAUGCUUGUCCUAGAUAGUGCUUGUGCGGCUGCAGAUUGUUUCACCUGUGAUAAUGUUAUUUUUUUCCAUUCUAUUUUUGUAUUUAUAUGAUAGACCAGUUCGUAUUUAUAUUAAUAGCCCAGGUAGUAGGUAACAGAUGUUACAAAUGACCCCAAAUAUCCACAGAUCUUUUAAAAAAGAAGAAUCCACUACAUUUUUGUCUCGCCUGCGUAGCAAAAAAGCGAGACAUA